UACAUAGUUUUGUUGACGGCGGUUCAGCAGCGAAAAAAGGGGGCAGACUGGAUUCUCUGAAACACUUCAGAGGGAAACAAUUUAACCUGCGUUCGAGACGCAGAGAGGCGCGCGACCGUCAGCUUGUCUCACGCAACAGACUUUCAGUAGUACACGCUCUCUUGUAGUGUGCGUCACAUCGUUGCGUCUCCCGUCAGCCGCAGUUACGCUGAAGCCACAAACGCCGCUUUACCGAAAUAAAGGUCUACCUGAGUCUCAAAAGAGGAUUCAAGGAAAAGAGGAUAAUAUUUUAACCAUAAUGCCAAAAAUGGUUUCGACUGGGGAUUCAAAAGAUGUGUCAAAGACAUCACGGUGCAGUGGACAUCACACAUCACAAAUAUUCCAUUGUUUAACAACCCUCGUUUGUUUUAUGCUGUCGGCGUCUUCGGUGGCAGUUUGUCUGUUUAUGAACGUCAAAACAUCUCAUCUUGAGCGUAAAAUUGAACUUCUGGAGAUGGAGCGACUGUCUGUGAUUCAACCUGUGCACUCCACACUGGAUGCGCACUCGACUCUUCGGGAUGCGAUAGACAAACUUGUGCAAGAGAGACUUAAAGAGGGGGUGUCGAAAAUUCGCACAGCUCGAGAAGCAGCGCAAGAGUGCUCGUGUCCUCCAGGUCCUCCAGGAAAACGGGGAAGAAAAGGCAACCCUGGAAUUCCAGGCACUCCAGGACGAGAUGGCUACCCGGGUCCAAUGGGUAUGGAUGGUAAGCCUGGACCUCCAGGUCCAAACGGCAGUCAGGGAAUGCCAGGGCUGAAAGGAGAUAAGGGUGACCAGGGAGACAUGGGUCCCAGGGGACCACCGGCCUACGCUGCCUCUGCAGGCCUGCUCAGUAAUCAGAUUCUCACGGUUAAGGGUGAUCAAGGUCAGGCUGGGCCCCCGGGUCCCCCAGGACCUCCAGGAACACCUGGUCCCAGAGGGCCUCCAGGAAACACAGGCAGAGAUGGGCCGCAGGGCCACCCAGGAGAGCCGGGUCCUCCUGGAAAAGAUGGAAAUGAGGGGCCGAGAGGGCCACCUGGCAUGCAGGGUAUGAAUGGUGUCAAUGGCAUGCCUGGCCCACAGGGCCCUGUUGGGCAAAAGGGCGAUAAGGGCGCUCCAGGUACUGAGGGGAAGAGAGGGAUUGAUGGAUCCCCAGGCAUGAAGGGUGAAAAGGGGGAUGUUGGAGAUCCAGGACCCCAGGGUUUGCCUGGAGAGAAAGGAGCUACUGACUUUACAGAAAAUGCUGAUCUGGCUGUUAGACUCAAAACUCUACAGGGGCCUCCAGGCCCUCCAGGACCUCCAGGGGAGCAAGGGCCAAAAGGAGAAAUGGGCUUACAUGGACCACCAGGACCUGAAGGAAAGCAGGGCCAUAAGGGAGAGAGAGGUGAUACAGGAGAGCCUGGAGCAGCAGGAGCAAAAGGGGAAAAGGGGGACAUUGGGCUGACAGGGCCUUCAGGGGAAACAGGGCAAAAGGGCGAUAAAGGAGACUCUAGGCUUGAGGACAAUCUGGCACAGAUUAUCUCUUUGCCUGGCCCACCAGGGCCACCUGGACCCCCUGGACCUGCAGGAUUUCAUGGAUUGCCUGGACACAAGGGAGAGCCUGGUGAGGCAGUCAAAGGCGAAAAAGGUGAAGCUGGAGAGAAAGGUCCACCUGGGCAGCGGGGUCUUCAAGGCUUUCCAGGGUCAAAUGGCUUGGUAGGCUUGCCAGGUGCAAAAGGUGAAAAGGGGAAACAAGGUGAACCAGGUUUAGAUGGUUUCCCAGGGCUUCAAGGAGAAAAGGGGGACAGAGGAGACAAGGGGGAGAAGGGUGAGAGAGGCACAAUAGGAAAAAAAGGUCUGAAAGGACAGAAGGGAGAGCAGGGACCUCCAGGGCUUGAUCAGCCUUGUCCUGUGGGGCGCGAUGGGCUGCCCAUACCAGGAUGCUGGCAUAAGGAAGAGGCUUCAGGGCAGGGUGACAAAGCCAAGCACCCAUCUCAGCCCUAAAGGACACUGAAUGCGCUACAUGGAGGGAGUAUGCUUUGCCAGUUCAACUGGAUGUUUUUAAUGAAAGGGCUCACCUGUACUACAGGGAGGAACGCAAUGUGGACGUUGCACUGGAUUUGUACUGGUGUACAUAUGGACAAAUCUGUACUCAGGAAACUCUUUCACUUGGUCAAUAAGAAACGUCUUUCUGUCUUUUGUUCCAUUUCUUACCAGUGGAGUGGUGGAAAAAGGUAACUGAUAUCAUGUAAAAUUGUUGUAAGUCUUGUCUGUUUAUAAGAUUCCUCAUAAACUAAAACAACGUUGGUAUUUUAUUCAUUGUUUUUGUGAAGGGUUGUCUGCAUCCUCAAUGAGCAUUAUAUGAAGUUUGUGUAAAUAAAAUUGAUCAUUUUUACUUUUAAAGGCUAGUAUGACUUAUUGUCUGAAUAACUCUGUACCGUUUUAUGUUCAGCUAUGUUUUGUUUAAUUUGGCAAAAGAUGGAAAUGUUUAAUUACAGCAGUUUGUUUCGGAGAAAGAUUUAUCACUCUCGUGCUCUAAAUAUACUGUAAGUGUAUCAAUGCAAAUAUUUCUGGGUACACCAGUCAUUUUCAUGUGUUAAACAAAUAUUUGAAGGUAACUCUACCGCCCUCUUGAGUACUGAGGUGUGUUGAACAAAUAUUUGAAGGUAACUAUACUGCCCCCUUGAGUACUGAAGGGUGUUACUGCCACAAAAACGCACAUUAAGUAUGCUAAGAUGUCAAACAUUACUAAUGGAGUUAAGCUAUAUAGCCAGAUAUUCCCAAUUGUAUUCACAUGUAAAGUAUCUUUAUGGCCUUAGUGUGAUAAAUUCCCAGUAGAAUGGAUAUUAGUUCUAUUUAUAUCAGUUCUUACUAUAAUACUAACACUCAAUUACGUGCAGCUACAAAUCAAAAUACACAAGCAAAUUAGUUUUUUCCUUAUUAGAAGUAAUACUGAAUAAUAUGCUGUAGUUCAUUCUCACCUAUGAAUAUCAGACCACAUGCAAGCCAACAUACGCAUGUAGUUUCCGUAGUGUAGUGGUUAUCACGUUCGCCUCACACGCGAAAGGUCCCCGGUUCGAAACCGGGCGGAAACAACUUUUUCUUUUUCUCAGAAUAAAGCAUAUUGACAUGUUUUGACUACAUUUUUGUUUUACUGUCUACCUUUACUGAUAUAUUUCAUAGUACAUUACCUGUCAAAAGUUUGAAAACAUUAUGACCUAGAAAUGUUUGUAAUUAAGUCUCUUAUGUGGACCAAGGUUGCUUUUGUGUACUCAAAAAUACAGAAACUUCAAAUAAAUGUUUACUAUUGUAAUACA